AUGGAAUUUGCACCUAUGGAUCCACACCAGCACCAAAAUGCUGCUACUCUUCUAUGUUGUAACUGUGGUACCCCAAUUGAUGGGUCUACUGGAUUGGUUAUGUGUUACGACUGUAUCAAACUGACAGUAGACAUUACUCAAGGCAUUCCAAGAGAAGCCAAUAUUUCUUUUUGUAGAAACUGUGAAAGAUUUUUGCAACCUCCUGGUCAAUGGAUCAGAGCAGAAUUAGAAUCAAGGGAAUUGCUAGCUAUUUGUUUGCGUCGUUUGAAAGGUUUAACUAAAGUCAGAUUGAUAGACGCUUCAUUUAUUUGGACAGAACCUCAUUCUAGACGUAUUAGAAUCAAACUCACUGUGCAAGGGGAAGCUAUGACGAACACUAUUAUUCAGCAAACUUUCGAAGUAGAAUACAUUGUUAUUGCAAUGCAAUGUCCAGACUGUGCCAGAUCCUACACCACAAAUACAUGGAGGGCUACUGUUCAGAUUAGGCAAAAAGUGCCUCAUAAGAGAACAUUUUUGUUUUUGGAACAACUGAUUUUAAAGCAUAAUGCACAUGUGGAUACCAUUUCCAUUAGUGAAGCUAGGGACGGGUUGGAUUUCUUUUAUGCUCAAAAGAACCAUGCGGUUAAAAUGAUUGAUUUUUUGAAUGCUGUGGUUCCAAUUAAGCAUAAAAAAUCUGAAGAACUUAUCUCUCAAGAUACACAUACUGGUGCGUCUACUUAUAAAUUUUCAUAUUCUGUCGAGAUUGUCCCAAUCUGUAAAGACGACUUGGUAGUUUUGCCAAAAAAGCUAGCUAAAUCUAUGGGUAACAUUUCUCAAUUCGUUUUAUGUUCUAAGAUUUCUAACACUGUCCAAUUCAUGGAUCCAACUACUUUACAAACUGCGGAUUUAUCGCCAUCAGUGUACUGGAGAUCACCAUUUAAUGCCUUGGCAGAUGUCACCCAAUUAGUGGAAUUCAUUGUUUUGGACGUGGAUUCUACGGGUAUAAGUAGAGGUAAUCGUGUCUUAGCUGAUAUAACUGUUGCUAGAACUUCAGAUUUGGGUGUCAAUGACCAAGUCUACUAUACCAAGUCUCACCUCGGUGGUAUAUGCCACGCUGGUGACAGUGUUAUGGGCUAUUUCAUUGCAAACUCCAAUUACAACUCAGAUCUAUUUGACGGAUUAAAUAUUGAUUACGUGCCGGAUGUAGUUCUUGUGAAGAAGCUGUACCAAAGAAAGAGUAAGAAGAGUAGACACUGGAAGUUGAAGAGAAUGGCUAAGGAACACAAGGAUAUUGAUGCAUCCUUGGAUUACAGUUCAAGAGCUCAAAAGCAAGAAAUGGAGCGUGCCGAGAAGGAUUAUGAGCUAUUCUUACAAGAACUGGAAGAAGAUGCUGAAUUGAGACAAAGUGUUAACCUAUACAAGAACCGCGUUGCAGACGUACCUCCUGAAGAGCAUGAAAUGGAUGAAGACGAGGACGAGGAUGCUCCACAAAUCAAUAUUGAUGAGCUAUUGGACGAAUUGGAUGAAAUGACUUUAGACGAUGGAGCCGAUAAUGCACCUGUGGAAUCUCAGCAGUAA